UCUCGCCGCUACACGGUCGUAUUUGACAGCGGGACCAGCGCAGCACGGCAGAACAGCAGCUAUGGCUAAAAGUGAUGGAUGCGAUUACUUUAAAAGAACCAGCACGUUUUGGAUCGUCUCCGUGAUACUGGGGAUGGGAUAUUUCACUUGCAUCGUGUUCGCACCGGAAACAAUCCCAUUUCAGUACCUCGGUCCAUUUGGCAGCUUCUGCAGACACCUUGUGGAUAACUAUGCUGGCCUUAUGUAUAAAGGGUGGUGGGCCGCCUGGGCGAUCCACGUGUAUGAGGCCUACCUUGCAUUGAGGAUGUGCAGUACUAAAGGCAUCAGCGACACGGCCACUCGCUGCCUGUGGUUCGUCCAGACCUUCCUGUUCGGCUUCGCCUCCCUCGGCCUGCUCCUUAAGUACGACCCCGAGCGCCCCAAACAGCACUGACUCCGGCCCACCGAACAACACUGCAUGAGCUGAAUCCAGGAAGACAAUCGCUUCCUUGUGCCUCUUCUUCUUCCUUUUCCUCUUCUUCCACCAUCUUUCCUCUUUGAUACGAGGAAGACACCUGAGCCCUUUCUCUUCCUUUUAACAUAAAAGUAUUGAAGUGAAGUGUUUUUCCUACGACAGACACAACAUCUCCACUUCAUUCCACAGAUUUUAUUUUAACAAACCGUAGACGUUUCUUAUCGAUAAUAAUAUUAACGGAGAUUAUUUUUAGCAUCAGAGUUCUCUUGAUGAUUGUGGCCUGGGCUGAAUAUUUAGUGCAAUACAAGGGGAAUCUUUUAAGAUGAAUGAUUUAGUCCUCUCUUGAUGUUUACAUUCCGCCUGGCUGAUAGCAUGAUAUGCUCUUCAGCUGCUGUGAUGAAGACGGGUUGGCUGCAGAUGGCACGCUGCCGUCAGCCUCAAACGUUCUCCGGGAAUGAAAUAUAAAGAGAGCUGCUGUAUGCCUUUCACGUUCCCAUUUACUGUACACAGACUGGAAGCUCUUAAUGUUAACACUGCAAAAAUAAAGAGUGACUUAACAAAGUGAA